AUGUAUCGAUGGCUCAGUUUCCCAUCACGUCAUACCACUGGUAGGCUCAGUGGAUGGCAUGCAUGUUGCAUGCAAUUCUCCCUUAGAUUUGGAUCUACCGUCGCAGGUACGUUUUAUCCUGAAUCAGACACUGCGGGAUCUAACACAAUGCAAAACGACAUUCGCCUAGGCAUCGUUAUCAAGCCUCAAAGCACCUUAACAGAACUCUGGGAGCAGGCUGUAAAGGCAUGGCCACAUCGAAGGUUCCUUGGUACCAAAAUGUGGGUGCGUGGUAGGCUGGGGUAUGUAUGGGCUACCUAUGAAUCUAUCGCUAAAGAAAUUGAUGCCAUGAGAAUCCUGCUACACAAAAUGGGUGUUAAUAAAGGUUCUCGUGUGAUUGUUAUUAGUGAAAAUCGGUACGAGUGGGUUGUUGUGCACUUUGCGACUAUGCAGCUGGGCGCACAAUUUGUUGCCUUACCCACUAAUAUCACGCCUUCUGAAGCACAGUUGGUAGUGCACUCUACACAAGCCAAAGUACUUUUCGUAGAAACGACGACCUCAUAUGCAGCGGUAAAAGGGUGGAUUGGAAAUGUGGGACAGUUGGAGCAUGUUAUUUGUUUUGAAGACCAACUUGGGGAAGCAAGUUACACAGUAGCCAUUAACAUUUCAGCGGACGUUCCGGAAAAAGUUGCGCCACGAACUGACACUAACGCGGAAGAUACAGCCAUGAUUAUGUUCACCUCCGGGACAACAGGGCCCCCAAAGGGUGUAAUGCUCUCUCACAAAGCUAUUGUGGCCAAUAUCAGCUCCAUUUACGCCAGUCUAGGUGAGGCGCUGACACACACCGACCUCUUUAUGUCCCUGUGUCCUUGGUCCGUCGCAGGCACCCUAACGGUGGAGUUGUACCAAGCGAUUUGCAAAGGGGCCUGUAUUUGUAUUCCCCCAGAACUCAUCGAAGGGUUUCAGGAUCUCCCACUGGUCAACCCCAGCGUUAUUGUUUCUGUUGCACAGCCAUUCCAACGAGCAUAUGCCAACAUUGUGGACGAUGUAAUGCAUCGAGGGACUUUUACAAAGGACCUCACCCGUCUUACGAUUGGCCGCAUCACGGAGAAUCGACUCAUGAUGAAAAAGCCCGGGAGAACGCUGCGAGCCUUUUCCAACAUACUGCUAGGGAAGUUCAAGGAGCAGUUCGGCACCGAAUUGCGUAUCGCUAUUAUAGUUGGUCAUCAGCUCACAAAAGAUCAAGCAGAGUUAAUGGCGGAUCUGGACGUGUUUGUGGUAAGUACCUAUGGGUGCUUGGAAGCUGGUGGGCUUGUUGCAACUGAUAUCGAUGUCCCACAACGCUUGAGGGCACUUCCUGGCAUCGAGGUGCGCAUCAUAAAUGAUAAAAAUGAAAUCGUAGCCCCUGGUGAUUUAGGAGAAAUCCUUGUAGAGUCACCUAACGCUAUGCAGGGCUACUUUGACAUUCAUAUCGAUCCAGAGGAAGCCAAAAACUCUCUCAUUGAGUACGGAAGUCGCUCAUUCGUGCGAACAGGCGACUACGGCUCCAUGACUGGCGGCUGGAUGACGGUAAAAGGCAACAAAGAUGUGCUUAUUACCUUGGCUGACGGGAAGGCCGUGGAUCCACUCGAAAUUGAGUCAACAUUAUCGAAGAGUCCUUUCAUUAAGCAGGUUUUUGUAUAUGGUAAUAAUCGUCCAUAUGUCGUCGCCCUCGUUGUGCCGAACACCAAGGUGAUCGCAGCACAUCUGCGUAAGGUAGAGCGACGCGAUGGGCUGCCUAUCGUCAAUGAGCGAGAGAAGGCCGACACCAUUCGUGCAGAAUUGAGGCGUGUGUCGCAGAACCUUCCGCCUCGAACCCAUGUUCGCCGGUUUGCCUUCGUGGAGGAAUUCACCCUAGCAAAUGGCUUUAUAACGGCUAAGAUGGGCUAUGCGCGGCAAAAAAUCGAGAGCCACUAUGUGCACUACUUUGAGGCCAUGUUUGAUGAAACACCCAAGUUUUAUGGGUUCGCCGUUGAUGAUUAUGAUGAUCUUUUUUAG